AUGUCGGCCAAGCUCCGUAUCAUGGAACGGCCGUACGGCUGCACCACCUACAUGGUACGGUUCCUUCACCUGUCACCUGUAAUUAUACACAUACGGGCCCACGGCGGACAGGCAACGGUCGGUUGUCCUCACUGCGACUUCAGCUGUCUGGGACAAGAUCUUCUGAACAGGCACGUCAAGUAUAAACACGGUCACAUCGGCAGGGACGGCAAAUUGAAGUGUCAGUGGUGUCGGUACUCUACGAACAAUUCCAGCUGCAUGGCAAAGCACCGCCGUACACACACGGGAGAGCGGCCGUACCGCUGUGAUAUAUGUGACGAAACGUUUUCUCAGUUGGGUACCCUGACCCGCCACCGCCGUACACACACGGGAGAGCGGCCGCACCGCUGUGGUAUAUGUAAUAAAUCGUUUUCUGAGUCCAGUAAUCUGGCCGUCCACCGCCGCACACACACGGGAGAGCGGCCGUACCGCUGUGGUAUAUGUAAUAAAUCGUUUUCUGAGUCCAGUAAGCUGGCCGUCCACCGCCGCACACACACGGGAGAGCGGCCGUACCGCUGUGGUAUAUGUAAUAAAUCGUUUUCUGAGUCCAGUACUCUGGCCGUCCACCGCCGCACACACACGGGAGAGCGGCCGUACCGCUGUAAUGUGUGUCACAAAACGUUUACUGUACUAGGUAGUCUGAACAAGCACCGUCGUACACACACGGUAGAACGACCAUAUCGCUGUGACAUAUGUGGAAAGUUGUUUGCUAAUCUAGAUUUUCUUACCAGACACAGCCGUACACAUACGAAAGAGCGGCCGUACCGCUGUGAAACAUGUGGCAAAACGUUUGCUGAGCAAAGUAAGCUGACCCAGCACCGUCGUACACACACGGGAGAGCGGCCGUUCCGUUGUGAUAUAUGUGACAAAGCGUUUACACAGCUAGGUAGUCUGACCCGUCACCGCCGCACACACACGUGAGGACGGCCGAAUCGCUGCGAUGUGUGUGAACUGUGACAGGACAUUUUGUCGGCCAUCUAGCCUGGUUAACCCGCGCCCUGCUGGGGGGAUGUUCGAACCCCCCCCCCCUGCGGGUUUUCGCGAAUAUCUCAUCAUGCCCCCCCCCCCUAGCAGGGCUGAAAAUUCAGGACCCCAGCGGGGCUCGGGUUAACCCGCGCCCGGCUGGGGGUCCUGGAUUUCCACGCCCUGCUGGGGUGUGUGUGUUUGAACACCCCCCCCCCCUUCUAACUCGGCUCCUGGGCCACGUAGCGAUACGCGGAAGGCGGUGUUCGAAAGAGCGCCAAAAAUAAUGACGAAAUCACUUCGGUCACUUUUUUGGUCAGGUCAAAGUUCAGGUCACCAGAGGUCAUUGAAGGCAAAAUUUCGCCGAUUUUCAGGUCGAAUGUUGACAAUUUCCAGGAAGCCAACGCAUAACUAGGGAACGAAUAGAGCUAAAGCACCGCGUAAAAGCGCAUUCGAUAGCCCUAUUUCCGCCCUUUCUGAGUAAUUCUCUCAGAUUUGACCUAACGUCAACGGUUUUGCCUGCAGGGGGCAAAAACUGCAAAAUUAGCCGAUUUUUUCGGAAACAUUUUUUCUGCAAUUAUUUUUGACCCAAGCCUUCUACGAGCUUACUUUUACCGGCAUCGUGUUCCUCUCGUCAAGACGCAUCGAAUGAACUAUAACUUGACCUUGAAAGGUCAACUUGAAAAUUUGACCUCAGGUCAAGGUCAUGACCUGACCGGAAAGGGUCAUGUUGCAUAUCAGUCGAUCCGUAUCGUCGAGCUGAGCACAUCUAAGGCGUUUUCACCGCUCUAGCAUGCCUCUAUCAAAAGUUAUUUGCGAAAAACUGUUAGACACCAUUCGUGGCCUGAGAUGACCUCAGGGGCAUAAAUAGGGGUCACGGACACCAUUUUCAUGUUCAUUGUGUCUAAACCACUUGUAAUUCAGUGUUUGGGAGUGUUUAUAAUGUCUUCGUCCAAAAGAGGCGCAUUUCAAUUUUCUCCCAUUGACUUAUAAUGGGGAGGUCGCAAAAUUGACCUGACCUUAGGUCACCGAUAUCGAAAUUCCGAGAUAUGCAUUUGAUAGAUACUGUUACCCUAAUCAAUCGCUGAAAGUUUCAAAGCGAUCGGUCACUCGGUGUAGCUAUGGCAGACAUUGAAACUUUUUAUGAGGUGAGGUCACUUCAAGUGACCUGGUGACCUGACCUUGAAUGACCUUGGUCUGAAAUUUUAACAACAUGUGUAGAAUUGAUGUAUGAUAAGGUGUACCAAAAACAGUUUUUGAGAUAUUGGGAGAAAAAAAACACAAGGGGUGUUCAAACACCCCCCUCCCCCCAGCAGAGCGCGGGUUAAACAAUACCGGUGUCAUGCGCGCUGAUGAGUCUGAAGGGUUACACGGUGGUGCGGUACCGUCGAAAUGUCGGCCAAGCUCCGUAUCAUGGAACGGCCGUACGGCUGCACCACCUACAUGGUACGGUUCCUUCACCUGUCACCUGUAAUUAUACACAUACGGGCCCACGGUGUGCUAUAGAAACGUGUAAAUAUGAUACGUCGUGUAAAGAUUGUAUAUCAUCUACAUUUGUGAGCCGACUGUUUUGUAAUGUACGUGGUGGAGCAAACAUGGCUGGCAAUACAAUCGGAUGGAGAAAAUGGUCUGGUUUUGUUGGCGGAGAACAAUGGUCAUUGGUC